AUGUCUUAUUUUAAUAGUUUCCAUUAUGGGGAAGAAGUUAGAGUGGUAGGAGGAGAAUAUGAGGGGGCAGAAGGAAUUUUUCUAAAACCUAUGUUUGAAAUUUGGAAAGCAGAGAGAAAAAUAAUCAUUGUGGAACCGCACUUUGUGGAUGGUUACAACAACACACCCAUGACACCUCCUAUAAGCGAGACCACCACUCUUACUCGGUCUCCACCUCUUGCGUCUUCCAUGAGCACAACUGGGGAAAAUAUAGUAAAUGUGGAAUCACACUUUUUGGCUGGUAACAACACCACUAUUGAAGCUUCUCCUGCUAUGUCGACACCUCGUGCGAUAUAUAAGUCUAAAAGAAGGCACAAGUAUCGGCGAUGUGGUAAGUACAUACACCUUGAAAAACCAUGCAAGAAUCUCGCACCUCAAGGUUCGGAUCUAAGUAAAACGUCCACCUCUAAAAGGGGACGUCGAAAGAAUAGAAAAUCUCGUGUUACCCGGGCAGUAUUAGGCUCUAUGUGA